CCUCCUCCUCUUUCAUAAUAUAGCCGCACACUACUCUUCUUUCUCUCUUCUAAAUAUAUAUAUAUAUAUAUAAAAAAAAGAUCCAGUGUGCAAAUACAAUAAUGGAUCGGAAAGAUGCUAUUUGGAUCUGUUUUCUUUGCAUUAUCAUUGCUGGUGUAGGGGGUCAAGCUCCUGCCACGUCACCAACCUCUAGUCCAGCACCACCAACACCCACUACUCCUUCACCUACCGGUUCUCCACCGCCAGUAACUUCAUCUCCGCCACCUGCAACAAGUUCUCCACCGCCAGCUGUCAGUUCUCCCCCACCAUCUGUAUCAUCUCCACAGGCUAGUUCACCACCACCUGUGGCUUCUCCUCCUCCACCAGUGAGCGCUCCACCACCAGCUACUCCUCCACCAGUGAGUGCUCCACCACCGGCUAGCCCACCACCACCGGCUGCGGCACCUGCACCGGUUGCAACUCCACCAGCUGCAGCUCCUGCUCCGGCGAAAAAGGUAGCUACAUCUCCGGCACCAUCGCCGUUGUUAACAUUGAGUCCUCCAUCACCACCUAUGGGUGCUCCAUCACCAAGCGCUCUUUCAGGUUUAUCUCCUGCGCCAUCUGCCUCUGAUCAGAGUGGGAGUGGAGUUGAGAGCAUGAGAUUUUCGAAGAUGAUUAUGGGAAGCUUGGUCUUUGGAUGGGGUCUCCUCUACUUGCUGAUUUAGAAAUCUCUCUGUGAUUUUGUGACCUUUGCUUUUGCCACUAUUAUUAUAUGAAAUGCCAUCACUUUAGUUUUAUUAGGAGGAUGAUGAUGGCUUAUUUUUCUCACCACUUGUACUCGGUUUAUACAUUCAUGACUUGGAUUCUUUUCGGAGGUUUCUUGUUGACGGGAGCUGAUUUUUGUAUUUUGGGACUAUUGUUUUUAUAUUAAGUUAGUACUAUUAGCUAGCAAAUCCAUUCUUGCUUCUUCUUA